AUGGAGCUCAACAUUCGCUUCGCGACCGUGACCAUGAAAGUACUCGUCUCUCGUCGACCGUUCUUACCUAGGCUAGAUGCUUGUUUAGUCCUUUGUUGCUGUUUCAUUUUGCUCGGUUCGCGACUAUGCGAGGCGCGUUCAGUUGCCAACGAAAGUGGUGCUACAAAAGUUGAAGAAGCACAGGUGGGCUUGAAAAGUUUUUUGACACAGGCUGGUCACGUUAAUGAAGAAUUAAAGAGCGUGGAUGAAGUCGACGUGGUAAACGAGAAAAGACUUCGACGGGUCACAGAAACUCUCGGUAAGUCUGACAAAGAACACGAAGAUGCGAAAGUGAAAGAUGUAACAGUUAGUCGCGAAUCGGCACACGAUAGAAAAAUUCGAGUCGAUGAGACGACGAAAGAGCAUUUAAUGGGCAAGAAAGCUUUGAAAAAUCCCUUUAGAAGAGUGAAGAGAGGCAAUCAUAUCGCAAACGAGAAAAUCGAUGAUGCUAUUAUCAAGUCUGUGGAGGACAAAGGCAAACUAGAAAGCGAUGACAACGUGGGGCAAAAUAAGAGAGUUGGCGUUGAAGGAAUUAGAAGAUUGGACGUUGAUGUCGAGGAAGAGGACAAGAAAGAAAUUCAUGAUGUAUCAAAAGGUAACUUGAGAAGUGCUGUUGCCGAUGAUGUUGAAAAAUCAGCAAUAGUAGAGCCGAGCGCUGAUGAAAAAGUUCAAAGUAUCGAAACUAAAAAUGCUGAACAGGAUCAAUCUGAAGAUAUUAAAAAUGUAUCAAAGGAUCCGAUCAUUUCAUCCACGGACGCAUUGCCGAAUUAUGCUACAGUCGUUGAAAAUCCAAUUGGCGACAAUGUAAAGAAUAUUAAAGUAGCUGAUUCCAUCCACGAUCAGUCUGAAGGUAUUUUACCAAAUCAAGAAAAUGUAGUCGAUCAAAAUGAAAAUUCUGAACUUUUCAGACGUUCCCAAACGUUUUUGAAACUUCAGUUUUUGAAAGAUCAAGCUUUAGAAUUACAAGCAAAAAUUCGAAAUACCACAUUUGUGCAAAAUUUAAAGGAGCAAGUAUCCGAGGUUCUUCCAGAUAUUCCAAAGUUUACUGAAAAUCAAUUUUUAGAAAUGCUAAACACUAUCAUAACUAAAAAGAACAUACAAAAAUCCAAUGAUUUCAAUGCAGAUGCAUUCAAAGACACUGGAUUAAAUGAAAAUCAAAUCGAGGUAAUAAAAUGUGCACAACAGCUAUUAGCGCAAAAGGAGAGGCAAUCUUUUUUUGAUAACAUGUCUGAGUGCAUACGUGGAUUAAAUGUAAUUAAUUGCAUGCGUAUUUUCAUAUAUCCAAUCAUUGUUGAAAAUAUGCCCGAAGCUGUCACACAAGUUUUUCCAAACUUCCCGAUUGUUAUAAAUGUCGCAGAUAUAUUCCAAGGUAAUCGUGAUAAACCAAAAUCAGCUAGACAAGUACCGGUAAUGGGUUUCUUGACAAAUUCCAUUGAUCCCGAAGCAACUAUAUUGAAUAUUUUAAUGGAAGGAUUAUCGAAGAACCCACCAAAUGAAAAUCUGCCAUCGUUUAUCGAUGCAAAGAAUGAGACAUUCUCAAAACUUCUUACUUGUAACAGAAUGAAACUUUUGCAAAUGACCGAAAAAUUUUUACCAGAGAAUACUAGGGAUAGCUAUUCUGAUGAGAUGCUUUCGUGCGUGCGACGAUUUGAGUACUUUAGUUGCGUGAAGUAUUUUUCUUGGCCUGUUAUUAAACAAUACUAUGCCGCAUUACCAGAAUUUCCCUUAAGCGAUUCUGUCUUAUCGUCUUUGAUUUAUCCAAACUAUCCUCUUAUUCCUUAUCCAGGCUACGAAAGUGGAUUCGGCCAUUUACCUGAAGUUAUAGAAUCAGGUCCGAAACGGCGUACGCCAGAAACGGUUAUUUCUGAUGUCUUUAGGAAAGCCUUGAGCCAAUAUCCGCGAAUCACAACAUUGCCGACUCCAAUUGAACUACAUUUAGUUAUCAAGAGCCCAGCAAUGAAUCAAGAUCAAAUAGCAUCCAUACACUUAGCGGAACAACUUCUACCUGUGAAGAUGCGAACAGAAUAUGUAACAAGAACUGUUCAAUGUAUCCAACAGUUUGACUACUACAAUUGUAUGAAAUACACUACUUUGCCAUUGGUUAAACAGUUUAAUCCGUUUGAUUUUUCGGGUAUUCAAGAUUUUCUUAGUAAUUUGGGACUUCCGGAACCACCACAAUUUCCAAAUAUUUUGGAGCUCAUACAACAAUUUUAUGCAGGAUUUCCUCAAUUUCAAUUGCCAGAAUUUCCGAGUUUUCCAGACUUUUCGAACUUAUUUCCUUUCGGACAAGGAACAACCACUACGACUGCUAAACCAACCGAUGAGAGUACAACUGCUUCGACUGACACAUCAUCGCAAGAUACAAAGAAAAAUGACACUGUUUUAGAAGGUAAAAUAUAUAAUAUUCUAAAAAAUGUAAGAGAUUCUAUGGGGCCAACACCAUUAUCUCCAGCUACAUAUACCAAUAGGAAAGUAUUUCUUUUUCCACUAAUGACUGAGGAUCAAUCGAAAAUUUUCGCCUUAGCAGAAGGUAUUCUGCCACCCAUAGCACGUGAACAUUUGAUUACCAAUACUUACUUUUGUUUAAAUGAAAAACAUGAAUUCACUAAGUGCGCAGAAUUGGUGAUGUGGCCAUUUAUUCGAGGACACGUAAGUGGUCUUCCAGAAUUUCCUGCUCGAGACGACAGCAUUGAAUCUCAGCAAAAAUUUGGCGGUAACACGCGGUUUAUGCCAGCUGAAAAUAGAGAUAAUUUCUUUAUUAUGAGGGGAAUAGAAAAAUUCUUUUUUGAAGGUCGCGAGGAUGCUAUGGGCUACAUAAUAAGAUCGUUGCAACUAUCUCCACCAGGAUCUUUCAAUAUGCAAAUAAUAUUAGAUAUGUUGCGAUCCAUUCAAUUUAACGCACCUGAGUUUUCGAACAUGCAGUUAAUUCAAUAUCCAAGAGCUCCGGAAUUUUCAUCUCUGCUCACUGAAAAUCAAGAAAAUAUUAUUCACGCAGUGGAAAGCAUCAUACCCGACGAAAAUCGAGUGAAGUUCAGCAAUGACAUGAUUGCAUGCGCUCAGAAAAACAAGUUUGCUAUGUGUUCACGAAAUGUAAUAUUCCCAGCUAUAUAUCCAUAUUUCCAACGAUCUAUAUUCUCUCCUAUUUACAAUAUAAUGCCAGAUAAGAGUGACUUGUCGAAAGUCAAUAAACUUGAUAUGAGCAGAAUAAGUCCUGUUGGCAUCGAAACUAAAAUCAAUGCCGAAAAAAAAGGUGAAAAUAUUAUUAUUACAUCUGACAAAAGUAUAAUACCAAUUUACCCUUCCAAUCCCGAAUCAGUUAUUUUCAGCAUGCUGAGAAAAGUGCAGAUAAAUGCUGAAUCUCUCCCAGACUUUCCAAAACUGUCCAUAGCUUAUACGCCAGAGUUCAAGCAAGCUUUUAACGUUAGACAAGCACAUAUCUUGACAGUCGCUGAAGGGAUUUUACCAGAAGAAUAUCGCAAGGGGCUUUUAGAAAAUAUGUAUGUCUGUAACCAAAAAGAUUCAUUCCUCAAUUGUGCUCGAGAUGUGCUGUACCCAGCAAUGGCAAAAACGUAUCCAGAGUUUUCCUCUUUUCCAGAUUUCAAAAACGAUCUGAACCGAUCAAAUAUGCUAUCAGUGAUUGACAGUUUUAAUAAGCCUUCUACUUCCUUAAGGGCAUAUGACUCAAAAAGAACACUUCCGUCGAUUGAUGUUUUAUACAAAUUUGUUCCUGAAGAUAAAGCUAACGGACUUAGAGUGUUGAUUGAUCGAUUACCAGACACUCUAUACUACGAUUUAUACAUAAAAAUGGUUCAGUGUUCUCAAUACUCCGACAGUAUAUCUUGUGGACACAAUAUUAUUUAUCCCACUUUGAAAAAGUUUUACGACGCUCCUGGAUUUAAUUUAGAUGAUUACUAUCCAAUCGCAACAUUACCUCCUCCUCCAACGAUGGUAUAUCAACGUCCACCAUAUGACUACGAAAUUUUGUGUGAAAAUAUGGGUUUCUCUUGUACCUUGAUACCUUUCGGAACACGAUAUGCAGGCGGCUACUCAAACUCAAACGUUUCACCCAAUAGCUUGGCAAGUUCUUACAUGCCUUUUGGAAGACUAUCAGAUGGCAGCCGAAUUUUUAAACAUUUUGAAGAUAUUUGGAAUACAAAUAUCACACCUUCAGUACGAGCUGAUCAAACCAGCAUUUCGGAGUAUGCAACUCAAUCAUCCACAAAUUAUUUAAAUAGCAAAUCCAAAUUUUUCUCUAAAAAGCAACAAAAAAUCAGUUUGCAAGAUAUUUUAUCUGCUAUAAAGCUAUUAAAAAGAAAUAAACGUAAUGUUGACGAUCUUCUCGAUUCAUAUCCAGACGUUGUCCCAAUAGAUAAAAAAAAUUCCGUUUCAAGAAGAAUCCCUCCUAAGUUAACAUUCCCAAACAUAUCAGAAACUGAAUUACUUCAAAUUUUCAGACACAUCUCCGAAUUGAAACACGAACGGGUGUCAGAGAAUAUAGUUUCAAAUGGAUAUUUUGUAGAUUCUUUAAAUGAUACCGAAAAAUCAUUAAUAACGAAUAAUCAAUAUGAGAUUCUGAAGCUAAUUCAAGGUUUGAAUUCUGAAACAGCAAAAGCAAGCUUUAUGUCACGUUUAGUACAAUGUAUCCGCAGUUUGAGUUUCAUCCGCUGUGUAGGAAUAUUUGUUUGGCCGAUGAUUGCUAGUAAUCUACCGUCCUUACCAUUUACUCUUCCAGCAAGCCGGGGUAGCCGUACUGUAGCAGAAACACAAAUUCAGCAACUUUUUGGAGUGUCGGCAUCUGACUUGGAAUCAGAACUUUUAAGUCGUAGGGAACAGAUCGAGUCAAAUUUCAUCCAAUUGUACAAGACUCUAACUGAAGAAACGUUUGUAGCAGACUUAGGACCUUUAAAGAUUAAAGGACACGGAGAUGGUGAAUUAGCAGUAACGUUUUCUGGAUUUCGAGAAGGAAGAUUAUCGAGAUUAAAAGAUAACAAAAAUUUACCGAGCAUUUUGACCAUUAUAAGCGAAGUGAUCGAGGAAGUUUUUGAUACAAGACCGAAUAAGACAAAGAACCGUAAAGAUAAUUUAAAGAAAGAUAAAAGAAGUCGUAGUUUACACAGUUUCGAGGAAUUGAAUUUUGGAAAACACUUACACGAUCCCAAUGAGGAAAACUCCAAACGGUCUGUAAAAGACGACCAAGUAAUAAAUAUGUUAUUAGACAGGAUGAGACCCAGCUUUACAGAAAUCGGAAAUGACGACAUAAAAAAUUAUUACAACAUAGAAGAUGCCAACAGAGCAUUCCAAGUACUCUUUGGUCCGAAGAUCGCGGGAAGAAUAUCUAAUCAGUUGAAGACUAUAGAAACUGGAAAUAUGAAAAAUUUUGAAGGAUUACAAUCGGUCCAACAAUUAAAAUUGGCACCGCUUGACGCACAAAUAACCAACCAAGCGCAGCAAUUAAAAAAUCGAUCGUCAAAAGGACGGGCAUUGUACCAACCUGGCAGCAACAAAGAUGAGUUUAACAGCGAGGAUAAAACUGAUAUGACUAAAGAAAAGAUAUUGAAACUCAAAGCGUAUUUAGCUGACCAUAUUAAAAAGUAUUUGAAUCUGAAUAAAAAAAAGUUUCAGUCAGAAGUUACGUUACGAUUGCCUAGGUUGAAUGACACAGUUACAAGUAGAAAAAUGACAAACAACUUUGAGUUGAUUAGCAGAGAUAUGAAAUCGAAGAUAAGACAAGCACUUCCCGCAGCAGGACUUGCCGUAUCAUUUCUUGUGCAAAUAGCAUUAGCCCACGCGAAAGCAGCAGCAUCAGUCGCCGAAAUAUUAAGUAAUAUGGCAUUAGGUUCAGCAAUGUUUGGUAUGGUUCGUGAUAUGGUAUUUGGUUCUAAUAAUCAACAGAAAAUAAAAUAUGUUUAUGACACUGAAAAGUAUGACGCAGGUAUUUCUUGGCCUUCUGUGGGUGCGAAUUCGAUUAUAAGUUUCAAACCGCCACCAAUACGUCCAAUUUAGAUUCGUAUUGCAUCUUUAUUACAAAAUAAAUAUUAACUUGAAUAUGUAUACGCGGAGGUAAUAUUUAAUAAAUUAUAUAUAUGUAUAUAUAUAUAUAUAUAUAUAUAUAUAUAUAUAUAUAUAUAUAUAUAUAUUAAAUAUAUUUGGCACGAGUACAAACGUUCCAAAAUUUAAUUUCACGUUGUAUAUUAGCAAUGUCGUGGAACUUUAUAAUUUCGGGUUGUUAAAUUUACACUAUAAUAACUCAAACUGAGGGAAUUGAGACUGAUUCACAUUAUAACGAUAUUUCAAUUGCACACAAAAUGUAGAAUGUAGAAAAUGGUUUCAGAAUGAACGCCAUGCAUUCGAAUAAUUCAAUUCAAUGCAAUUAAUUACAGAUCGGUGGGGGUAUUAUUUGAAAUAUUCCAAGCUCGAUUUUAGGUUUAGUUCGAUGUAUCUUUUUUAUAUUUGGACAAAGUAAACAACUGGUUAAAUUUGGUAAAAAUAUUAUGUAUUUACCGGAGAUCUAAGUAAUGUGUUGUUUGAAUUUAAACAUUAGGAAUAAAAGUUUUCUGCGAUUUCGUUAAUGAUGAAUUAAAAAAAGUAAUUGUAACGAAUAAUUUUAGGGACCUUAACAAUAUAAAAAUACAAAAACAUCGAUCGUAUGAUCGUUAUGGUCAUCUAUAUGUAUGUAAUCGUAAAUUGCGUAUUAAAUAAAAACUUGAAAAAUA